AUGGGUUCCCCGAUAAAAGACGUGUACCUCAUUGCCUACAACCUCGCCUGCGCCAGCGGGUGGAGUUACGUUCUCUUCGCGUGUGUGAGCCAUAUCCUUGCCGGGAACGAGCCCCAGGCGCUUUAUGACGAAGUGGAGAAGGUGCUGCAGAUCGUGCAGACUGCUGCGCUGAUGGAGGUUCUGCACGCGAUGCUGGGAGUGGUCCGCUCCCCUUGGGUGACGACCCUCAUGCAGGUGAGCUCGAGGAUCAUCCUGGUGUGGGGCUUCAUGUGGGCAGUACCGUCCACCCAGGGGCAGCUGGGCUCCAUGCUGUGCAUCACAAGCUGGGCGUGCGUCGAGAUCCCGAGGUACCUAUUCUACACGUUCGGCGUGCUGAAGAGCUCCCCGUUCCCACUGUUCUACCUGCGGUAUUCCCUGUUCGCUGUCCUGUACCCGACCGGAAUCGCGGGCGAGGUCAUGACAAUGCUGGCCGGCCUCCCGGACCUGAAAAAUGCCCAGGACACCCUACGGCUGGGCGUGGGACCCAUUUCCGUCUCCGGCUACAUCGUCACACUUGCCCUUCUGGCCGUGUACGUCCCGGGCGGACCGUACAUGUACAUGAACAUGGUGGGCAACCGGCGUUCCGCCUUCAAGAAACGGAACGCCGGUGCCUCCAAGAAGGCUUAA